AUGUUCACAGGAUUAAUAGAAACAAUUGGAACAGUAUUAGAAUAUACUACACUUGACACUUCAAGCUCAGGGGGGAAUGGUGUCUCAUUGACUAUCGGCAAUUGUUCCGAAAUUCUAACUGAUGUCCACCUUGGUGAUUCAAUCUCCACCAACGGAGUCUGUUUAACUGUGACUGAAUUUGACGAGGGUAAAACUUUCUUUAAAGUAGGUAUAGCCCCUGAAACCCUUCGUCGUACCAAUUUAGGGGAUUUAAAAACUGGUGAUGGUGUCAAUUUAGAAAGAGCAGUUACUAGUGAUGUACGUCUUGGCGGACAUGUUGUCCAAGGGCAUGUUGAUACAAUUGCUACUAUUGUAGGAAGAGUUCCUGAUGGGAAUGCCAUUACAUUUACGUUCAAGUUGAGAGACGUUGAAUUUAUCAGUUAUAUUGUCCAUAAGGGAUUUAUUGCUAUUGAUGGGACUUCUUUGACUAUAACCAAUGUUGAUUAUGACAAGGCGGAAUUUUCAAUCAUGUUGAUUAGUUACAGUCAAGAAAAAGUGAUAUUGUCCAGAAAGUCCAUUGGAGAUUCGGUUAAUAUUGAAGUUGAUCUAACCGGGAAAUUAAUUGAAAAGCAAAUUGAAGUCAAUUUGAAUAAUCAAAUCAAGAAUAACGACAGUGUGUUGAACAAGUUGAUUGAGAAGUUAGUGGAGAAGAAAGUUAAUGAAUUGUUAAGUAAAAAGUAA